CAGGAAAAAAUAUUUAUUUACUAGUGCUUAUUAUGUUCAAGCAUUGUGCUAGUCACUUGAUAUGUGAUUGCAUUCAACCUUUACAGGCUACUGUGAUCCACAGCUUUCGUUCACUUUCUCGAUACAUGGUUAUUGAAUAUUUACCAUGUGCCAUGCACUCUGCUAGGCACUGGGGAAAGUCAGCAAGGCAGGUUUAAUGCAUGCACUGUUGGAAUGUACAGUUGGGUUCAUGGGUGCAUAUGCAUGAUACAGAGAGAUAAUACUCAGAGGAACAAAGUAAUCACAAUUUGUAAUAAAGAUGAUGAGAGAACUAGAAAUUUUGCUGCAGAAGAGGUUAAGGCACAUGGCUCAACUGUGGCCUUUGAAAGCCAUGCUAAGUAUGCACAUCCAUCCUUGGGUCCACUGUUCCCCACCAGACGGCAAUUUCAGCGGAGCCCUAAGCUGCUCUCUGUUGCAUGAAUACACCACGUUUCUCCCAAGUUCAGGUCUUUUCUCAUAUUCCACUUAACGGAUAGGUGUUGCCCAUUUUCCACCCUGCCUGCAAUGGUUCUUAGUAUGUUCAGAUCAGUAAGAACUUCUCAUGCCUCUAGGGAGCUCCUAGCCUUGAAGAAGGGUUAGGAGCCACAUAAAUUUCUGUCAUACACAGCAGAAUAGGGCGAGUGAGUGAUCUGAUGGAGAUCUGAAUGAAAUACCAGAGGGUUUCAAUGGACAAGUGCUCACAUCCAUUUGGUAGAGAUCAGAAAAUGUAUUUAGACAAAAAAAAAAAAAGAUGAUAUUUGAGGCAUGGAUAUUUUUUACCACUUAUGGUAGAGAAAGGAUGUUAAAAACUGGUGAGACAAUAUAAGCAAAAAUAGCACACAUGACAGAGUUCUGGGGACAUUUAAGGAAUAGCAAGAACCCCAGAGUAGCUGGAUGAUGGAGCAGUUGUAGGGAAGGAAAGGAAGGACUCGAGAGCUAAUAUGAGACCACGCCUCAGAGGAUGAAAUGUCAGAGAGAGGAGUUUAUAAUUAAUGUGGUGGGCAGUGGGAAUUCACUGUGUUUGUAGCUAGGAGAAAGACAUGCUUGUAGCUGCGUUUUAGGAAGAUUGUUCAGGCGUAUUGUGGAGGAAGAAUUGGGGAGACCGAUAUGAGGGCUAUUUGUAGGAGACCAGGUGAAUUGUAAAAGGAGCCGGACCUUAUAGGGUACAGUGAUGAUGAAAAGGGGUGAUUGUUAGAGGCUGUGAAGUUAGAGGAUAAAGUCAUGGAGCCCUGAGCUUCCCAGACAGACUAACGGCGAGAAUGGCUGUGUUAGACACAGAAAAAAAUAUAUAUACGGAGGUGGAAAAUUAAUUUGAGGUCAAGGAUUAUGCACUAAGAUUUCCUUACCUGGAAAUAUCUUCCCUUCUCUAUAGUCUAUAUAAAGUAAAACCUCGUGGCGAAGGUGACGUUUAAGCUGAAUGAGGCAGUUUUACCCUUUACGGCACUUCUAGUCUAACUUCUAGUUCGCAUAAUUUAAUAGCGAUCACCUUAUAUUGUUCCUUAUCUGCUGUGAGUGUGUUGGUCAGGCCUCCACACUCGAAAAGUCAGGGACAUUUUCAGUUGCCUCUAAAAUGGUUUUUAAAAGUUCAGAGGAAAGGAAUCUUAAAGACAAACUCCUAGAAAUCUCUGAAUUGGGGGGUGUGGGAAGCAGAUUAUAGUUUCCCAUAGAACUAUGUGUAAUUGAUAAUUUUAUCAUAGUCUAAUGCACAAUCUCAGACCAAGGAAAGAGAAAGUGGUCAGUAUGUGGAAGGGACAAAAGAUGUUAAUUAACAUACAGAGGGAAAACUUAGUGCAAAAAAAGAAAAAUUAAGUUGAUGUUAGACAAAGAUGUGAAGCUCGAUUUUUAGUCUUGGUUCACUUGAUCCAGAAAACAAAACAAAACCAGUCUGGUUAUAAAAAUCAGACCUUAAUUGAAAUAGAGCUGAAUGAUACUUUUACAGUUUAUAGAGAUGACCACAAAAAACAUGCAGGUAUCUGGUGCUUGGUUUAUAAUGUUGCUUUUACCAUUUUUCAAGGUAGAGAUGAAGGUCAUGACACUGCUAGAAAAUUUGCAAAGUGCUUUGGCAUCCUAAAAAUUUACUCUGCCUAUUUUGAGGAGGUCAUUCGGUUCCCAAGUGGUAGAAGUUUUUUCAAGAGAUAUUUAGGUAAUGGGUCUAAAGAUAAUAACUAUUCAACAGCAUAGUUUUCUUUUAAAGAAUUGAACAAAUUUAAAAAGAAGUUACUGAUUUGUCUUUAAGGUAACCUGUGAAGUUGGAAAGGAACUAUCAUUAUCUAUAUAGCCAAAAUCUCUUUUCUGUAUUUUUUUGUUUUGGGAGGGGUGGGGAGAUUUCUCCUAUCCCGCUUAUCUCAAAACUGAUUAAUGAGUUGACCUCUCUUUCCAGAAAUUUGGGGAUGCGUUACCUCUGGCAUAUCACAUUCAUUUAGCCAGUGAAAUGAUUUUCUUCAGAAUCCUGAAUAUUCAGUUUACUUUUGAAUAUGUUCGAUAAGCUCAGAGUUUAAAAUAUGCCCCAUCGGACUUUGUGUAUGCAGGCAGAGAUCAUGAAGGUUUGUAGAACUUAAAAGUGAAAAUCAAAAGGAAAGUAUUAGAAAAGCAAUAAACACAUAAAUCAAAGUGACACUACGUGAUUUCAUGUAGCAAAUGGAAGGAAAUAGUGGUUAUAAUGAAACCACUAUGCAAGGCAAAAGGUAAUUAAAAUGUAUUAAAAUGACAGGAAGUAAGUAAAGAAAGACCAUUCUGAGUUAACCGUAGCAGAAUAAAGGGAUUGACAGUGGCAUCCAUAAUUCUGCUGCAAUAGUUCUGAAAUAUUGAGUGAAAUAUUGUAUUUCUAAUUAGCUAAGGACUAGAAAUGUACCCUCUAAUGUAAUGUGACUCAUAUGGACAUGUGGAAUGACUGCAAAAAUUAUUAUGGAACUUGAGCUUAAUAGAGAUACACUUUCUUCAUAGCAUAAAUUAUGAAGAAUUGUUCUGAUGCAAUAUUGUGAUUUAUUCAUCUGUCAUCUCUAGAACUGCAGGAGGUUAGAUGUGUGAACAGAAUGCAAUGCAGAGAUAUUUGCAUGUCUAGAUCAGGGUUUUUCUUUUGCUAACUCUGCGUUGGUUUUCAUAGUCCCUGAUGAGUAAACUCUGAACAGUGAUAAUGAUAACCAGGCAUACUGUGAUAUCAUUACUAGAACCGGAGUCUGGCCCAGAUAGGAAAGCAAAUGGUAAUCAUAACGAUAAGUUGCAUGUACCGAGUGCCUGCCUACUCUAUGCCAAGUGUUAACUUAGUGAAUCCUUACAACAGCCCUAUUAAACAUAUGAAGAAACUUAGGCACUGAGAAGUUGAGUAACUUACUUUUAAGCUCACACAGCCAGAAAGUGGCAAACCUGGGAUUUGAACCCAGGACUUUUGGCUCCAGGACCCACAGUCUAAAUUUCAUUAUAUUAUGGCACCUCACGUGUGUGGUAUUUUUGUACUAUGGUUGGUGGCAUAUCCAAGUCUCCUUGGAGUUCUCAUCACUGUGUCCAUCUUUCUAUUUGGACUUUUUCCCCCUGUCUGUUGCAGCAGUAGGACCCUUUUGAUUCAGAGAAUGUGAUGCCCUUAAUGAAUCAUUAAGACAUUUAUGGACAUUUUUAGGAGUUUUCUGUGGAGAUCUCCUUUCUUAAUUCUGACUCAACCCACUGGAAUGAUUUGGUAGCUAUGGCAUAUGACUCCUGCAUACAAUUAAAUGAAUAAAAAUCUUCACCACAUUUGCUAGUGGAAAAGAAAAAAAGUGAUGACUUUUUGUAGCAUAUUAUCUCGAUAAGUAAGAACAACUUCUUCCCAUACUUACUUUCUAUUAGAUUGAAUUUUAGCAAGAUUUAUUUGGGGUAUAUUUGGGGUAUUUAGAUGGUACAGUCCAAGAAUCAUGAGAGAGUUGUGUGAAAUGAGGUUCAGUGAAUUCUAGGACAACCAAGAUUUUUCAAGGCCAAACUAAAGCAACAUUACUGGUAACACAUAAGAGCUUACUGCUCACCUUUUAAAAUGUCUUGCAUAGUACUAAUCGGCGUGGCAGAUAAGAUUUUUCCAAGUGAUUCUCAUCAACACCAGAUCUAUUUUUAAAAAGAGCGUCUUUGUAGUACUUCACGUGUGUCCAAGGUGGGAGCAAAAAAUGUCAUGGCCCCAUUAUAGAUCUAAGGGUAAAAAAAAUGCAUGAAAGUAUUAAAUGGCCUGAUGAAACCCUAACUCAGUACGGGCACAAUUACCUAAUGGACUGGAUUAGUCGGGAGAGAACCAGUGAUCCCUCUUCUGGUCAAUGUAUUUUGAGUCCUAUUGUGUGCCAGGCUCUCUCUGUUAAGGAGCCAGAGAUGGAUCUAGCACCUUCCUUGCACCCAGAGGGCACUUGAUCUACUUCUCUGUUAUAUCAUUUUGUCUCUACAUCUUGCAUUAUCAUUUUGCCACAUGGAGACCAAGUUUACCAUGAUGCCCCCCUUAAAGUCAGAGUGAAAUAACAUUGACACUUCCUCUGAAACCCAUGGAAAUGUAAAGUUUACUGUUUUGUUGUCCUUGAUAAAAUAUAGCAUAAUAACUAGUUGCUGGGUUACUACAUAAAACACAGGCCCCAAACUGCAGCUGGAAAGAGCAGUUAGCAAUUAAGUAACGGAAAUGACUAGUGGGUUUGAAACUCAGCACAGUACCAGCACAGUACCCACGGACUCCUUAGCAUGGUAAGCAUCGAGGUUACUUAGGCAACUUUUAUCACUAAGGAAGUACUUUUGGUGACUCAUGCUCACACAGAAUGUCUUCUUUCAAAAUCAGUGUAUCCAGUGACCUUACCAUUAUGAUUCUGUUUUCUUUUUCUUUGGACUGGGACAGAAAAAUUACAUUUGGAUGGCGUAGGUUUAUUACUUAAUAGCAUAUCAUUCACUGGCUGGCCCUUUUGAAAUUUAAUGGAAAUGUGGUGAUCAGAGUAAAAGGUAAAAGUGGAGAGGAUCGUUUUGGGGAUGCUCUGCCCUCACAGACCACCGCCCCAAAGUUGCUGGUCCUGCAGAGAAGGUGGUUUGUAUAUGUAGUUGUCACUGGGACUCUUCUGGGUGACUACGUUAAUCACAAAGUAAAGCUUUAAAUGUAAAGCUGUAUACCUGCCCAAGUGGUGGCUGCUGUUGAUGUAAAUAAUAUCGCUAAUGAAGUAUACAAUUAUAAUUUUCCUCACACACAGUUGCUGGCCAAAACGAUCGAAGGCAUUACACUAGAAGAGUUUGAGAGGUUAUCUUUUGAUAUGAUUUUAAUGAGCCCUCCCUGUCAGCCAUUCACAAGAAUUGGUCUGCAAGGUGAUGUGACUGAUCCAAGGACGAAUAGCUUCAUAUAUAUUCUAGAUAUUCUCCCAAGAUUACAAAAAUUACCGAAGUUUAUUCUUUUAGAAAACGUUAAAGGUUUUGAAAUAUCUUCAACAAGAGACCUGUUAAUACAAACAAUAGAAAGUUGCGGCUUUCAGUACCAAGAAUUUCUGUUAUCUCCAACCUCUCUGGGCAUUCCAAAUUCAAGGCUACGGUAUUUCCUUGUUGCGAAGCUUCAGUCAGAGCCAUUACCUUUUCAAGCCCCUGGUCAGGUACUGAUGGAGUUCCCCAAAAUUGAAUGUGAACAUACACAAAAGCGUGCAGUAGAUGCAGAAAAUACAAUUGAAGGAAAGAAAAUUGAACCAAAUGUUUCCUUUGAUAGCAGCAAACAGUGUUCUGGAAAAGAAGCCAUUCUUUUUAAGCUUGAAACCGCAGGAGAAAUUGAGCGGAAACACCAACAGGACAGUGACCUCUCUGUGCAGAUGCUAAAAGAUUUUCUUGAGGAUGACGCUGACAUGAGUCAGUACUUUUUGCCACCAAAGCCACUGCUGCGAUAUGCCCUCUUGUUAGACAUCGUCAAGCCCACUUGCAGAAGAUCCAUGUGCUUUACAAAAGGUUAUGGAAGGUACAUAGAAGGGACAGGAUCUGUGUUACAGACUGCAGAGGAUGUGCAGAUUGAGAAUAUCUACAAAUCCCUUACCAGUUUAUCACAAGAAGAAAAGAUAAAAAAAUUGUUAAUGCUUAAACUUCGAUAUUUCACUCCUAAAGAAAUAGCAAAUCUCCAUGGAUUUCCUCCAGAGUUUGGAUUUCCUGAGACUGUAACAAUGAAACAGCGUUAUCGUCUACUGGGAAAUAGUCUCAACGUGCAUAUAGUAGCUAAGCUAAUCAAAAUCCUAUGUGAAUAAUGUAAAAGUAACUCUGAAGGAUGGUUACAGUGUUCCUUCACAUCCAGGUGGUCAUUCUGAAAUUCUAUUUUAAAUCGAUUUUGAUGAAAUUCAACUAAAUUACUUUAAUCUCUCUUUAGUAAGAAAGUUGGAUUUAUUACAAAAUGCUAGUUUGUUUCCUUAAAUUUAUAUUAUUCCGUUUUGUAAAUUCUUGUUAUCCUUUAGGUGAAUAUAUUUUCAUGUGAAAUUGUUAAAUAUAUAUGUAAAAUAUUCUCUUUAUAAUAUGAUAUAAACAAAUUCAGGAAUAUUAGAAUUUAGUGUCUACAUAAAUAUUUUAUAAAGUGUCAUGACAGGCAUAGUAUAAUGAACCUGAGAAGUCGUAUAUUUUUAUGUUAAUUAAAGAAGUUGGUAUAUGAAUUGUA